CCGGUGGGGGGGCAGCUGGCUAUGUGUGUGCGUAAGUGUGCGUUUUUUCUUUUUUCCGCGAGUGUGUCGGAGAGUCGUCGAGCAGCGGGCGGACUUGAAAACUUCCCCCGCCUUCAGCGAGCGGAGCCUCGGCGCCGAGGAGCCCAGUCCGCAGCGUCUCCAGCCCCGCCGCCGCCGCCGCCGCCGCCUCAGAGGGACCCCCGGUCCGGUUCUCAGCACUGGAACCAUUUCCGGCCACCAUGGAUGAUUUAGAUGCUUUGUUGGCGGACCUCGAGUCCACAACGUCCCACAUUUCCAAGCGCCCACUCUUCCUGUCAGACGACGCCGCGUACUCCGUCCCGUUUGGAGGUCAGCCCCAGCAAGACAUCGGCUCGCCCCCCCAAGUCUUAUCCGCGGCCUCAGAGCGAUCUCUGAACGGGAUCGAUGAAACAGAGCCCUGCAGCCCUGCUCAGAGAAGUCCCUGGUCUGGAGAUAGUAGCAGCCCAAGCCAACCAGUUGGUGAAGAGGACCACGUAUACAGCUUCCCUAAUAAGCAGAAGAGCAGUGAGUCAUCAGCUGCUGCCAUGAACUCAUCGUUGGGCAGUAACCUGUCUGAGCUGGACCGUCUGCUGUUGGAGCUGAACGCCGUCCAGCAAAGCACGCCUGCCUUCCCCACAGAAGAAGAAACAGCUCCGCCACUGCCUGCCAGCGGCAUCGUUCACCACAUCCAUGAGAACGGAGUCUCCACUGCUGGCCAAGGUGCUCCGCCUGUACUGGAGAAGCCCAAACGGGGCACAGCAGGUCGAGGAAUCGAGGAUGUACGACCAAGCGUAGAGAGCCUUCUGGAUGAGCUGGAAAGCUCAGUGCCCUCUCCCAUUCCCCCGCCAUUGAUGGUGUCAGAUGAACAAACAGAUGGACAGGAAGACGCACUGUCACAACAACAAGCCAGAAUGUCUGCUUCCUCGGCCACACGAGAGCUGGAUGAGCUAAUGGCCUCUCUGUCUGACUUCAAAGUCCAAAGCAAUAUCCAGUCGCAGGGAAAGACUUCUCCGACAGCUGCGCCUAAACCUGCCAACAAGCUGGACAACAUGCUGGGAAGCCUGCAGUCCGACCUCAACAGACUGGGAGUCCAGACGGUGGCGAAGGGCGUCUGCGGUGCCUGCAAGAAGCCCAUCGUGGGACAGGUGGUGACUGCCAUGGGCAGGACGUGGCACCCCGAGCACUUUGUGUGCACCCACUGUCAGGAGGAGAUCGGCUCCAAGAACUUCUUUGAGCGGGAGGGCCAGCCGUACUGCGAGAACGACUACCACAACCUGUUCUCCCCGCGAUGCCACUACUGCAAUGGACCCAUACUGGAUAAAGUUGUGACAGCUCUGGACAAGACUUGGCACCCGGAGCAUUUCUUCUGCGCUCAGUGCGGAUCCUUUUUCGGACCAGAAGGUUUCCAUGAGAAGGAUGGAAAGGCGUUCUGCAGGAAGGACUACUUUGACAUGUUUGCCCCCAAAUGCGGCGGCUGCGCCCGUGCCAUCCUGGAGAACUACAUCUCCGCUCUGAAUUCACUGUGGCACCCCGAGUGCUUUGUCUGCAGGGAGUGCUUCACGCCAUUCAUUAACGGCAGCUUCUUCGACCACGACGGCCAGCCGUACUGCGAGGCCCACUACCACGAGCGGCGCGGCUCGCUGUGCUCGGGCUGCCAGAAGCCCAUCACCGGCCGCUGCAUCACCGCCAUGGGCAAGAAGUUCCACCCCGAACACUUUGUGUGCGCCUUCUGCCUGAAGCAGCUGAACAAGGGCACCUUCAAGGAGCAGAACGAGAAGCCCUACUGCCACGGCUGCUUCAUCAAACUCUUCAGCUAGGCGGCAUGUCUCCGUAGAAUCGCGUGCGUGUGUGUGUGCGUGCACCGACACAUUUUGUUUUAGACGUUUACUGUGUAUCAGACGGACGGUGUUUGUCCGAUCGCGUCAUAAGACCAGUCAGAAGUGUUUGUUUCUCGACGGUUAACACUGACAGGACGUCCCCGGCUGUCCGACCUCUCAGGCUUGGCAUAUCACACUUUUACUAAAGACAAUUUCAACACAGCCCAAAGAGAUUUUUUUUACCAAGACUUUUACUCCUGUGUGCAAUAGGAAUGGGGGUGGGGGGGGAAGAUGCUAAUUUCCCCUUGAGUUUAUGUAUAUAAAUAGUCAUACAGAAACUUAGUCAAAUACCCUGAUUUGUGAAUGAUUUCUCUCCCCCGACGCGGGGCGAGACCCUGCAUCCGACGGUGGUGAGCUUAUGUUGAUGUAGUUUAUAUGGAAAUGUAAGACAGUUGCUUGAUUGCAUGGACCAUGGAGCGUUAACCCGAGCUGAUUUAAAGUAUGUUGGGUGUUGAAUAACCAGUGCUUGGCCGGUGGCAGGUGACAGAUAUGUAUUUUUCUAACUUUGGAAAACUAUCGAGGUGCCAUUAAGAGUGACUAUGGUGAAACUCCACAUGUACAGAUGCACACGGAACCUUCUCCUCUGCAGUGAAAUACCACUCCACCGUGUCGGCACACUUUAGCAACACUCCUCUUGACGAGACCGUCUAAAGGUGCAUUUUAAAAGUGAGCAUAAUCAAGAUACUUGUUUUUAUUUUUCUACAGUGAAAAAGUGAAUUCAAACACACAUCUCUCAUUUGUGACCGUUUCAAGACAGCUUUUGAAGUGAGAUCAUUUAUCAGAGAAUAAUCAUAUCAAACCUUGUUUUUACUUACAUCUUGUACCUUUAAUGAUUUUUAUUUUCAUUCAUAACUUAAAUUGUUCUAUCUAAAUAUAUUUAAAAAAAAAACUGAAUGAUGCAGAGUACAGUGCAAAUGUUUGAGGAAGGUGUUGGAAG